UUCCUAGCUUGGAUGUAGUUAUAUGUUUUGUCCCACUUUUAAUAUACAAAGAGUAAGACACUGUAGCUCCAUAUGUAUUUCGUUGACCUUCUGUUUGCAGGCUGGAAUGGAUUUAUAUGUUUUGUCCCACUUUUGAAUAUCAUUUUUCAUAAUGAAUAUUAUUCUUGGUACUAUAAAUAACAAUGCCAAUCUCAUCAAAAAUGCACACCCUUCCUAAGUCCUAACUGAUCCAGUUGUGUUCCAUAUCUUUAGUUAUCCUUUUCCUGUCUUGAUCCGCUAUGGAGUUUGUUUACCACAAUGUUGAUGAGCUUCGUUCUGGGAAGCAACAUUGGAGGAUAUUGGUGAAGGUGGUUCGAAUUUGGUACAGCCAAGGAUUUGCCUCAUCGAAGCUUCCUCUUUCUCUUGAGUUGGUGCUGAUGGAUGACAAGGGUUCGAAGAUCCAUGCGAUUAUUAAGAAGACUUUGAUGUACAAGUUUGAGAAGUUACUGGUUGAGGGCAAUGUCUACAGUUUGUCUUCCUUCGUUUUAGUGGAUAGCAGUGGGGAUUACAAACCUACGAGACACAAUUACAAGAUUUGUUUCAUGUAUAACACUGAAGUGCGCCACAUGCCCCAUAUUACUAUUGAUGAGUUUCCCUAUAGCUUUGUAUCUCUUGCUGACAUUUUAGCCCCUAGCUAUGAUUCUGGUUAUCUUAUUGAUGUAAUUGGCAUUUUGACUGGUGUUGGAGUUGAGAGGGAGAUUGUUACAAAUGGAAAGAAGUCAAAGAUGAAUGUGAUUGAGAUUGAGUCUGCCGGCCUCAGGAUUGAGUGUGCCCUCUUUGGCGCCUAUGUUGAUGAGUUAGCUAAUUUUCUAGGAGGGGGUGAACUCAACAACCCUGUUGUCAUUAUUCAGUUUGCCAAAGUGAAAUCAUUCCAGGGGAACAACAGUCUUCAGAAUGUGCAUGGUGCUACCAAAAUCCUGUUUGACCCCGAUCUUCCUAUGGCAUCUGUUUUGAAAUCAAAUUAUUUAGAUGCUAAUGCGAGUGCAUCCCAUACACUAAGUCAACUGUCAGAUUCCAAAUCCGUAUCUGGUGAAGAGGAUUUUUUGGUCUUAACUAGCAGCAAGUCCAUUGCUGAACUUAGUGAUAUUAAGAAGGACUGUGUGUGUGUCGUGUAUGGAACCAUACUCCCUAUGGAAGAAGGUGUCGACUGGUGGUAUACUGCCUGUAGAUGCAGUCGUAAGGUGUAUGCUGAUGAAAGGAUGUUUUUCUGCGAGGGAUGUAAUCGCCAUGUUAUUGCAGUUUACCCAAGGUUCCGUCUUCAAUUGAGGGUGGAAGAUAACUCUGGCAGUGCUAAUUUCAUCCUCUUUGACAAGGAAGCCACAGCACUGCUUGGCAAAACAUGCACUGAGAUGGUUGAUUCAUGUGACAGGAAUGAAGGUGGUACUGGGUUACCUGUUGAAUUGACCAGUGUGUUUGGGAGAUCUGCUCUUUUCAAAAUAGAGGUGAAGAAUUUCCAGGGUCAGAGGUUUGAUAGGUCCAGAUUUGAGACUUCGUAUCGUGUUAAGCGUGUUUGCACUGAUGAAUUGAUUAUCGAGCAGUUCAAACAUUUGCAGCUAGAUCUGAGUGUGGGUGCAUCUUCUAGCCGUGGCAUGCUGACCCCUCAGUCCACACUCAACAAAGAAGUCCUCCGGAAUGAAGACAUCGGGAAGGAUUUGCUGGAUGAGUUUGUCGUCGUCUCCAGUGAGAAGGUUUCAGAGCCUGAUUUGUCAUCUGAACUUCCAACCACUGAUCUGAAUGCAAAUACUCAGGAGACCAUAAGUCCAAAGAGGAGUCCCUCCCCUGACAACGAGGGUGUUCAGGUUCUGUCCAACAGGAAGAAGAAGGUGAUUCCAAAGGCAAAGAAGGAUAAGAUUUGAAACCUAUCAUAUUGACGAUGCAGCUGUUUGAAGUCAGAGUAUUAAGUCCAUGAUUAUGUUCCUAAAAUGCAGAGUUUGCUUGCAGUUUGUUGUUUAGCCCUAUUAUCUACGUUUGUUUUUCAGUAUCAUGUGUUGUUUGUGUUGUUAUGAUGUGAGUUUCCAAAAAUACCAGUUUCUU